UCACUGAAGAUGGGGUUUACAUAAUUUGGCUAUAUAGAUAUACCAAUUUCCAAAUAAAUAUUCCUUUACCAAGUCUUUCGUCUUCUACCGUUAGAGUAAUACGAAUAAACCACCGAAACAGCGAAUAAAAAGGAAUAUCUUUUUUUAAAUAAUCAACCUAUAUGUACACUAAUGUCACAUCCGAGAGUCCUUCUAUAUGAUUCAAAGACUUUCGCUGUACUUCAAGAGAGGCCAUUCUAAUAGACAUGAGGGAUUGACUCGUGAAGAGCAGGCUGGGUUUCGUUCAGGUCGUGGAUGCAUUGAUCAUGUGUUCACCCUUCGUCAGUUGUUGGAACACCGUCACACGUAUUGCAGGCCAACGACCGUUGUGUUUCUUGAUAUUAAGGCUGCCUUCGAUUCGUUGGACAGAACUGUGCUCUGGAACUGUCUGUUAGAGAGGGGUGCACCUGAGAAGUUUGUUAACAUCUUGAAAGCCCUAUACAGAAACACCUUAGGUAGAGUGAAGGCACAUAACCAACUAUCAUCACUGUUCCCAACCAAGAGUGGGGUUAGACAGGGUUGCCUAAUCUCCCCAUUUCUCUUUAACUUUGCUAUCGAUGACAUUCUGGAGUCAGCUGUGAAGGAUGUGCGUGAAGGUGGUGUAGAUCAGCAACGUGGAGAUAGACUUUUCGACUUCGAGUAUGCAGACGAUAUCGUCUUACUGUGCGAUAGCAUGCAGGCUGCCCAAAUCGCGUAUCUGCAUCUCCUUGUGCCCUACAGUCGUCUUCAGAUAUCUCCACGACUGCCCGUAGGCUCUGAAACUCCCUCCACACAUCACUGUUGGACUCAUGCCCAACUUAUUGUUCCCCAUUCAGGCUCCAUUUGAGACUGCAUGAUGUCACCCAACAGUUUCCUCAGCAUAUAUCCAAUUAUUAUCCAUUUUCUCUGGUAUAUUUAUUGGAUAAUAGGUUCUUUGUUGGUUCAUUCAUUGAGUUCCUUCCUAAAUAACACCUUCUUGCCGGGAUUAUUCGAUUUUUGGUGUAGAACGUCUGUAGGUAUAGUAUGUACUUUGCGCCGUCUAAGUGUAAAGUACUGUUACAAGAUUGGCACGAGCCUGUACCUCCACUCACUCUUGCGGGUGAACCGCUUGAAGA